AUAACACACCAUGACUCUUAUAAAAGCAAUAUUACGGGCUCAACCUAAACCCGAAAAGAAAUACUAUUCCCCCCCGCCAGAAGUUACAGGUGUCAAAAUUAUUAAGAAGAAAAAAACUAAAAAACAUCAAGCAAUAGGUUCAACGGUAGAUUCAUCUCCGCCCAUUUACUUGGCCAAUCGAAUUGUAAGAGAUUUACCAGGAUGGGUGAAUAAUGCUCGUGAUUUGUAUUAUGAAAAUAUUAAGCUGGUUAUGGCUAUAAAAGCGGCGCAUUUUAAGGGUAAAAUCGACAGUCGUUGGACUCGACUACCACCACCGUGUAAGCAAUAUUACGAACAAAGAUUGUACACAUACAAACGAAUAUGUAGGGAAAAUAAACAAUUAUACAAGCUAAUUAAAAGUACUCCACCACGCCUAGAAACGUCAUCGUCUUUAGAUAAGGAAUGGUUUAACACAAAACUGAGAAUAAUGCACAUGUCACGAUGCGAAUUUAUACUAUUUCCACUCAAAAUAGAGGAAGUAAUAGAAGACCCAGUGUUCAUAACUCCACCGGGCGUCAAGAGACCAAGAGUGUACAUAACAUUAAAAGUCCGUGGAGCAGCUACUAUGGGUACGAUAGCAGCAGAGCUUUUCACUGACGUAUGUCCAAACACUUGCAAAUUAUUUCUGGAUCUUCUCGAUGGUGACGGCGUUGGGUACGGCUAUGUUGGUACACGGUUCUUUAGAAAAGUCCCCAAUUUAUACUGGAGCGGUGGAGACGUGGUUCACAAUAAUGGGUUUGGUUGCUACGCACAGAAGGGCAGAUUCCAACCUAUCGGGGCUGAAAACUAUCAUUUUUCCCAUUCCAUGCCAGGUCUCAAACUAUCUCUAUAA